AUGAGUGAAGAGGUGAGAAUAGUAAUGGUCGCACACGUUCUCUAAUCGAAGUUCUCGACGAACACUUGACUUCAAUUGAAUACUUCCAAGGUCUUCAAUAAUUUCCUCUCCUUUUUUCCCCUGGUCAACUACUAUUUCCUACUAUUCCUGAAAGAGCAAAACAUCCGUUACUAUUAGACAUUUCCGGAUUCUCGUCAAAGUUGUCGUUAUUUUCAGAAGACGCCUUCCGUCGUGGAUGCUUCAGAGGAACCGUCCCCUCUGCUGAUUGAUUCGAACAGUAAGUUGUUAUCAUUCUUAUUUUUAUUAGUUUGCGGUCUGAAAACUGGUAUUCCUCCGCCAGAACGAGUGUUUUUUUGUGCCGAACACAAGUCCCAGAGCUCUUUGAGUCCGUUUUGUCUCGUUUUGUAUUCGUAUUCGGAUUGGCUCCCUUCAUGUGUUGAUGGUUGGUCUGUCAGAAGAAGAUUAUAGUAGAAUCGAGAGAGAAUUCAGUUCGACGCAACCACACGGGCUGACCAACCUCCCCGCAAUUGAGUAUAAUGUUUCGAUUCUGAUCGAUUCGUUCCGCACUUCAUUCGCUUCUGUUCUCUUUUUUCACUCCGUCUCGAUUGUCCAAAUGUACGAGAACUUUGAGCGGUUUGCUGUAGAAGUGCAUGACUGAAAAGAAGGCAAACGGACGAGAAAGGGGAGUGGUCGCCGUCCGUUUAAACGUCACAGAGUAGAGAAGAAGUGUGAGAGCUUAUCAGUUGUGAGUGACUCUUUUUGCGACUGAGAGUCGAACUUGACCCGAUUGGGACUGCCGACUGAUCGAGAAGUCUGCUCUUCUUCAGAUCCCGAAACAACUUUUGUUAUCACGGACUCUGGCGGUAAACACACCCCGCCCACACACUUCCUUAUCUAGGUCUCAUGAUAUGAAAUAAGGUUUUCUGACGAGAAACAAAAUUGCUUUUCAGUCAAAGCCUCAUUCAGAAAUGCUGAAGAAAUACAGAAGUAAGUGUGUCCACCUGUAACUCUAUAGAGGUCCUUUAGUCCAAUCCAAUUCACGUUCGCUUUUCCUCUUUUGAAUGUAAAUUGUGAAAUGUAUCAGUUCUGUGGUCUCCACAAAAAGCGAAUGCCUAACAUGGGAACAACUGUCAACCCACUCAAUUAUGCUUUCUGUUUUCGUUUUGUCCCGGAUGUCAUGGUAUAGCCAUUAUGAAGUCAAAAGGCCGUCGCCUGCUGAAAUUGAUAUUAUUCGUUCGCUUUUCUGCAUGUGAGGGCGACAAAACAAUAUUCGCGUUAAUUGAAAUUCGAAAUUUCCACGUGAAUCAUUCUCAACCAGUACAUUUUCCACAAAACGACUGAUACGCACAAUAGGUUUUUUUAGUUUUCAUACCUUUCGUUUUAUCAGGUACAAAAAAAGCGUAAGUCGUAUUUUCUCAGUUAGAAGACUUGUGAAACGAUUAAAUUGGUGAAGUGUAACUCUGGUUCAGAGUUUUUCUUCCGACUUUACUUUUUUGUCUGAUUAGAUUACUUAUUAUGCAAAUCACCAGAUUCCGCCUAUUUCUGAUCACUGAGCCCGGGUCCAAAUUUUCUCAAAUUAGCCAAAGACGGACGUCAUCGGGCACUUAUCAGCUGCUCCGAAGGUUCGUUUCUCUUAUCAGUCGCCUCUUUCGUGCGUUGAUCUGCGACAAAGGAGUGCCCCACCCAGUCUGUACAUCUGCGAAAAGUAGCAAUUCUACUCGUUUACGCUUCCUUCUCGUCUUUUUCUCCGUUUCUUCGUCGUCUGAUUGUUUUUUUGCGUCCAGGCAACUCGCCAGAGCUCCGUGCCUGAAUUAUGCAUUUUUCCGCUUAUUGUUGCUGCGCUUUGAUGUAUGACGCCGUCUUCUAAACAUCUGGACCAAAAAGAAAGGGAAAAAGCGCGAAAUGAGCAAAAACGAGGUUCGGAAUUCAAAUUGUGCGUGUUUCAGUGUUCGGAGGCACGCUGGAGUCGCAAGCACUGCAGAAGGGGUGCGAGGAGGACAUCGAGAAGCACUGCAGAAGGUGUUUGGGUACGCUUCCGUCGCUUUCAAAGAACCCAUUUCAAUGCGGUCCACUUUUCAGGCAAGCCCACUAUGCGGUCACUGCAUAAGCUACGGAAAUACGGGUUCUACGUACUCUUCUUCAUGCUCAUUUUCGUUAUGGUUUUCCAGUUUUCUGCAGAUUUGUAAGUUGUUCAAAGUCGGUUCUCGUGAGAUUUUCGACGAAAAGCCAAGACAUUUCUCUUUGUUUUUAAUGGCUCUCUACUUCUUCUUCGACAUUUUCGUUCUUUUUGCAGACGUCAGCCGACAUCUCCAGUGUUCAAAAUGAGCGAAACGAACAACAGCCAGCAGAUGAUCAUAGUGAUAACUCCAACUUAUAAAAGAAUCACCCGAAUCGCUGACAUGCUUCGGUACGGUUUUUCUUCUCAAUACAUUCCUUACCUCACUAAGCAAAUAUUUUCAGCAUGGCAAACACUCUGUCGCAUGUGAAAGACUUGCAUUGGAUAGUCAUCGAGGACGGCAACUCGACAGUUCCGGCAGUGAGGGCUCUUCUCGAAAGGGCCAACCUUCCGUUCACCUACAUGGCCCACAAGACGGCAGUCGGCUACCCGAGAAGAGGGUGGUAUCAACGGACGAUGGCGCUGAAGUUCGUCCGAUCGAAUACUUCUGAAAUUCUCGGAUCAGAUCAUAACAGCGGCGUCGUCUACUUCGGGGACGACGACAAUUCCUAUGACAUCCGUCUGUUCACGGAAUACAUAAGAAAUGUGAAGACACUCGGAAUCUGGGCUGUCGGUAAGUACGCCGUUCCUUAGUACUGUUUUUCAGCAAUCUUUCUCUUUUCAGGUCUCGUCGGAGGAACGGUAGUGGAAGCACCGAGAGUAAAGAAUGGGAAAGUGACGGAAUUCGACGUAAAAUGGAAUCCGAAGCGGCGAUUCGCAGUCGACAUGGCCGGAUUCGCUGUCAAUCUCCGCGUCGUGCUCAAUUCGGACGCCGUCUUCGGAACUUCGUGCAAGCGAGGCGGCGGUGCUCCGGAGACGUGUCUUCUUGAGGAUAUGGGAUUGGAGAGAGAAGACAUCGAGCCGUUCGGAUACGAAAAAGCGGUAAGUCCGUCUGAAAAACUCAACGACUCUAUGAUAUCUUUUAUCCAGAAAGAUCGUGAUAUUCUGGUGUGGCACACUAAGACCAACACGCCGAACCUUGUGCAGAACAAGAAGAACACAACGGCUCCUCCGCCAGACACUUAUGGAUACUUCGUCGAGCUCUGA